AUGGCCGAGGGCAUGUUCUACGUGAGUAGAGAUAUGACGAGCCGCACGACGCACCUUUUGAGCUGACCCUAAUGAUGCUGUCCAGAAUGCGACAAACGGCUACGUCGAGGGCAUCGUUCGAGGCUACCGCGGCGCCCUGCUAACCGGCCAGAACUACGGAAACCUGACACAAUGCGAGACAAUAGACGGUAUGUCCGCGAGGUGCCCAAAGUGAAGGCCUGGGAUCUAAUGGCUUGGGUGGAAACAGACGUCAAGCUACAACUCGGACCCGCAUACGGCGACUACCUCGCCUCACUACCACCGAACCCAUCCACCUCCGCCCUCGCCGACAAGACGCUCGACAAGCUCGUUGCCGAGUUCAGAUAUAUUCAAGCAAAUGCCACGGGCAGCUUGGCCAAGUUCAUGGAGUAUCUGACUUAUGCCUACAUGAUCGACAACGUGGCCCUCCUCAUCACCGGUACUCUACACGAGCGCGAUACCAAAGAGUUACUCGAGCGCUGCCAUCCUCUCGGCUGGUUCGAGACCAUGCCCGUCCUCUGCGUCGCCACGAACAUUGAAGAACUGUACAAUUCCGUCCUCAUCGAAACACCGCUAGCGCCCUACUUCAAGGGUUCGAUAUCACAUACCGAUCUGGAUGAGUUGAACAUUGAAAUCGUGCGCAAUACGCUGUAUAAGAACUACCUGGAAGAUUUCUAUCGGUUCGUGAAUGAGGCGCCCGGGAUCAAGGGCACACCGACGCAGACCGUCAUGAGUGAGGUUUUGGAGUUCGAGGCGGACAGGAGGAGCAUCAAUAUCACUAUCAACUCGUUUGGAACGGAGCUGUCGAAGCAGGAUCGCAAGAAGCUCUACCCGAAUUUUGGACGUCUGCAUCCCGAAGGCACGCUGAUGCUUUCGCGGGCGGAAGAUCCGGAGGGCGUCAGGAUAGCGGUGGAUGGAGUGCAUGACUACCGAACGAUGCUAGACCAGACAGGCAUGGGUGGUGGCGGACUGGGAAACCAGAGCGGUGGUAUUGGCGGAGACGACGGCAAGAGCUUGGAGGAUCUGUUUUAUCAAAAGGAGAUGGAGCUGUCCAAGCUGGCUUUCACCUACCAGUUCACGCAUGCGGUGGUGUACGCUUGGGUGAAGCUGAGAGAGCAGGUGAGUACCUCUGGUGGCGAUGCGGCAUUCCAUCCUACUGAUACUGUCACAGGAAAUCCGGAACAUCACGUGGAUUUCGGAGUGCAUUGCGCAGAACCAAAAGGACCGCGUGAACAACUUCAUCAGCGUGUUUUAG